GCGCGGCGCAGCUCCGAUCAGGAAGAAGCGUGAAAUCAGCGCAGCAGCACGUGAACUCUUCUUGACAGCUGUCUAUCUCUACAGGGAAGACUGUCAGCGGGGUGCAGGAGUGCGGGAGAGAAGUGUGUUUCUAAGUGCCAUUAUGCCAUGGCAUCUCUGGGCGCCUCCUUUGUCCAAAUCAGAUUCGAUGACAUCCUCUUCUACGAGAACUGCGGCGGCGGGAGUUUCGGGAGCGUGUAUCGCGCCCGCUGGCUCUCGCAGGACAAAGAGGUGGCGGUGAAAAAGCUUCUGAAGAUUGAAAAAGAGGCAGAGAUUUUAAGUGUCCUCAGUCAUCGAAACAUUAUCCAGUUUUAUGGAGCGAUUCUGGAAGCGCCCAACUAUGGGAUUGUUACAGAGUACGCCAGCGGUGGAUCUCUGUUCGACUAUCUGUCCAGCGCUGAGAGUGAAGACAUCAGUAUGAAGCAGAUUAUGACCUGGGCAAUGGACAUCGCUAAAGGCAUGCAUUAUCUGCACGCAGAAGCACCGUUUACAGUCAUUCACAGAGACCUCAAGUCCCGAAACGUUGUGUUGACAGCAGAUUCAGUCCUCAAGAUCUGUGAUUUCGGGGCGUCUAAGUUUCAUUCGCACACCACCCACAUGUCUCUGGUGGGCACGUUUCCCUGGAUGGCCCCUGAAGUCAUCCAGAGCCUCCCAGCGUCUGAGACCUGCGACACGUACUCGUACGGCGUGGUCCUGUGGGAGAUGCUGACGCGUGAGAUUCCCUUCAAAGGUCUGGAGGGGCUGCAGGUGGCCUGGCUGGUGGUGGAGAAGAGCGAGAGACUGACGAUUCCCAGUAGCUGCCCGGACAGCUUCGCCUGUCUGAUGAGAAGCUGCUGGCUGACAGAACCCAAAGACAGACCCCUGUUCAAACACAUCUUGUCCACGCUGGAGUCCAUGUGGAGCGACAGUCACUUACCGGAGGAGUGCGACACCUUCCUGCACAGUAAAGCAGAGUGGAGGUGUGAGAUCGAGGCGACUCUAGAGCGACUGAAGCGGCUGGAGAGAGAUCUGAGCACCAAAGAACAAGAGCUGAAAGAAAGAGAGAGACGGCUAAAGAUGUGGGAGAGGAAGCUCAUCGAGCAGUCCAACACACCGCUUCUCCCAAACCUGGCCAUCCACUCCUGGACAGAAGAACAUGUGCAUUUCUGGAUGGAGCAGAUUUUCCAAGGUGAUGGAGAGCUGCAGCAGUACGCCGAAAUCUUCAGGCAGAAUCACAUCACAGGACAGAGACUGCUGCUGCUGUCCGAGACAGACAUGAGAGACCUGGGUGUGACGUCCAAAGGACACAUCAUACAUCUCAAGACCGAGAUUGAGAAACUUACCCACGACUACAUGAACCUGUUCCACUUUCCGCCGUUGAUCAAGGAUGGUUUGUCCACGGAGGAAGCCGAGGAGGAGUGGAGGAAGACGGUGAAUCUGGAGCUGGUGUUUGGAUAUCACUGGAAAGCAGGCACAGGCCAAUCGGACUGCAAAUGGAAGAUGUACAUGGAGCUUGAUGGGGAUGAGGUGGCGAUUGCAUAUAUCAAAGACGUGACCUUUAAUGCCAACAGACCAGAUGCAGAUGUAUUAAAGAUGACCAAGCCUCCGUUUGUGAUGGAUAAGUGGAUCUUGGGAAUUUCUGGCACACAAACUGUUGACUGCAUAGUAAACUAUGAGGGUAACGUGAGAUCUCCUAAGUGCACGAGACACGAGCACAGAGUGCAGUGGAGCCCAGACAGCGGGAGGGAUGUGAUCAGACCUGUAGAGCUGCUCAUUGAGACGACGCCAAACACCAGGGAAGGCCACAACAGAAGCAGGUCCAACUCAGGUGUCGAUCCCAGAUGGAUUUACAGUCUGAGAAUGAAGCAGUGGAGAGAGCAAGCUGCCCAGGAGUCCACAGGCAAGAGGACCCUCCCUCAGUUCCUGUCCGUCAUCGGGAACCAAUCAUCGUACGCCGCCGCUGUCAGGAGAUCACCCAAUCGCAGUCCUCUCACGCCAUGGACAGACUCGCGGAGUUCCUCUCCCACCCUUUCUGUCAAACUCUCCAAUAUCCUUCCAGGGUCAAAGGGCAGCAGCCCGUCCAGCACGACAUCUGAGAGCACCUCGGAGCGAGAGCGGCCCCCUAGUGGUGGAGCUCAACACCACUACCACAGAAAAGCAUACUACGACAACACCUUUAAAAUGAACGGAGGAGAAAGAGGAGAAGUGGAAGCCAGAAGGACUAAUCAGAUGUCUCAGAGAGGAUCCAGAGGCUUCCAACAUGCUGGACGGCCCCGAAACAACAACUCCUAUAUAACACCAUCUAACCACCAACCACGCACAAUACCAGGGAUGUCAGUCGUCAGUGAAGGGGUGAAGCAGAAAGAGGCCGGGUCUGGUGAUGGGGACUGGAUUAAAGUAGAAAGAAAGAAAUCUAUUAAACAGGAACAUAAGCAUCAGGAAGUGAGGCAGGGCAGAGGCCGGCCGCGCAGAGGAGGGCGAGGCGGUGGACGUGGACGAAGUUGAGCAAUUAUAAAGCGUUACACUGUGUCCUAGCUACACGAGACGCGUCAAGAUUUCAGCAACAAGCAAUUAUUGUGUCCACACUAGACACAACGUGACAAAAUCAAUCAAAUAUCACAGCCAAUCAAAAGCAGCUGUGGGCGGGAUCUCCCUGGAAGCGCAUUGUACUCGCAACGAAAUAAAUUAAUAAUCUAAUUCAUAAAUAUUAAAUGUUUUUAAGAUUAAUAAAUGAACAUACUGAGUGACUGAUACCAUUUUUUAUUUGUUUAAUUUGUAUGUUGUUGUUCCAGCCACGAUGUUGCGGGAAAUAGAAACCAUUUCUAAAAUUGAAAUUUCACGUGUCACAGUCGUGGUAUUAGUUAGGACAAAACAUCUAAUUAUUAUGGAAAAGAAAACUUUUAUUGCUUGUCGUGGCCUCGCAUUGUGUGUACUAGUUAGGACAUGUUGUUAUGGUUUAUACAAUAGUUUCUAUUUCUGCAAUGUCGCAGCUGGAACAACUACAUGCAAACUAUAUGACAGUAGAUAAUCUUGGGUGAUUUUGAACUUUAUUAAAAGUGUCUAAUGUGAUUUUGAAUGUCAUUUUGCGUGAGCUUAUAGCCAUACUGAAAGCGACAACAGAUAGCUAAACUCAGAUUUUGAAAAUUAAUGAAAGCAAAAAACUGCAAACACAAUGUGAACCAACAAGCAUUUUCCAUGACACAUAUGUUAUCAGUCACUCAGUAUGUACAUUUAAUGAAGCUAAAAAUGUUUGAUAUAUAUGAAUUAUAAACUUUGUUGCGAGAACAGUGCACUUCCAUAGAGAGCCCUCCCCCACACACUUCUGAUUGGCUGUGAUAUUUGAAUGAUUUUGUCUAGUUUGGACAAAUUGCUUGAUGCUGGAAUCAUGACAUGUUGCGUGUAGUUGGGACAUGGCACAAGGGGUUGAUAAUGAAUCAUGUUUGAUUCACUGUAAGGCAAAGAGUAUAGAAGGGCUUCUAUAUUCUUUGUGUAAAGUUGGAAAGUUGGCUUAUAACCAAAGCACUUAAGUGUUCCUGGAGAUUCAAUAAAAGCAUCUUCUAAAUUGACACUGAUAAAGGGUAAAAGUUCACCAUGAAAUGGAUGUACUGAUCUUAAAUAUCAUAAAUUAUGCAUUUU